CCGAUCGAAAUAAAGAACCUUUUAUGGGAGGAUAUGGACAUAUGGUUGGUGUGGCUUUGCCACGGUUGGUGGUGUAAUUUUCUGUUUUUGUCUCUUGGGUUCUUUCCCUCCUUUGCAUAAAAAUAAAUAAAUUAGAAAGCCAUUAGGAAGACCGAUACAUAGAACAAGGUACUAGCAUUCUGCAACCUUCUCGAGUAGUAGAAGCAGCCAUUGAAGAAGAAGAAGCUAUUUCAAUGGAGGAAAACCCCAAACUACUCAUUCUCUACGCUUCUCAGACCGGUAACGCCAUGGACGCUGCUGAGCGCAUCGGCCGUGAAGCUGAGCGCAGAUGCUGCCCUGUCUCUCUCUACUCCAUCGACCAAUUUGAUCCCAGCCUGCUGCCGAGUCAAAGAGCUGUAAUUUUUGUUGUCUCUACCACAGGUCAGGGUGACACUCCUGAUUCAAUGAAGGUGUUUUGGAGGUAUCUACUGCAAAGGCACCUUACUCAAGACUGGCUGGAAGGAGUACACCAUGCAGUUUUUGGAUUGGGAGACUCGGGAUACCAGAAAUACAAUUUUGUUGCAAAGAAGCUGGACAAAAGGCUUUCAGGUCUUGGUGGAACACCUAUUAUUGAAAGAGGUCUUGGAGACGAUCAGCAUCCUUCGGGGUAUGAGGGAUCUUUAGAUCCUUGGAUGUCUUCAUUAUGGAGUUCAUUGAAUCGUAUAUAUCCAAGCCUCUUUCCAAAUGGGGUAGAUGUAGUUCCGGAUAUGAAACUUAUGAAUCAAUCUAAAGUUUCUGUAACAUAUCAUGUCAACGAUGUGGCAAGUUUACUAUACUCAACUUCUUCGGAUUUUGAGUCCAGGGCAUUGCUAAUUGAAAGCGCUCGCUUGAUGUCUCCCGCUAGAUUUCCUGCAGAUAAGAGUAGGCCUCAGUGCUGGUUAAAAAUGACAAGAAAUUGUUCACUAACACGAGAAAGCUGUGGGAGGGAUGUCCGCCAUCUUGAAUUUGAAUUUCAUUCAAAUGCAGUUGGAUAUGAAGUUGGCAAUGUGCUUGAGAUACUUCCAUCUCAAAAUCCUGAUGCAGUAGAUGCAUUCAUACAUCGUUGUAAAUUGGACCCUGAAGCAUUCAUCACAGUUCAGUUGAGAGAUUCAAGCAAUGCUACUGCUGCUGCAUCUAGCGUGCCCAUCAGACUAAGAACAUUUGUGGAGUCGACCAUGGAUGUUGACUCAGCCUCCCCCAGACGUUAUUUCUUUGAGGUGAUGAGUUACUUUGCCACUGCUGAGCAUGAAAAGGAAAGACUGGAAUAUUUUGCAUCAGCAGAGGGCCGAGAUGAUUUAUAUCAGUAUAACCAAAAGGAAAGAAGAACUGUCCUUGAGGUUCUGGAGGAUUUCCCAUCUGUCCAAAUGCCAUUUGAAUGGUUGAUCCAGCUAACGCCCCCUCUGAAAAGCAGAGCCUUUUCCAUUUCUUCCUCUUCUGUCGCUCAUCCUAAUGAAGUGCACUUGACCGUGAGUGUGGUGACAUGGACAACACCAUAUAAGAGGAAAAGGUCUGGUCUCUGCUCAAAGUGGCUUGCUGCACUUGAUCCUCAACAAGGGGUUUUUGUUCCUGUAUGGUUCCAGAAAGGGCUUCUUCCCGUCCCAUCUCCAUCAUUACCCCUUAUUCUCAUAGGACCAGGCACAGGUUGUGCUCCUUUCAGAGGAUUUGUAGCAGAAAGAGCUGUCCAGAGUCAACAUGGUCCAACUGCUCCCAUUCUCUUCUUUUUUGGUUGCCGGAAUAAAGAAGAUGAUUUCUUAUAUAGUGAUUUUUGGUUGCUCCAUUCACGCGAUGGAGGGGUUCUUUCAGAAGAAAAAGGUGGGGGGUUUUAUGUUGCAUUCUCGAGAGACCAGCCACAGAAAGUUUAUGUACAACAUAAAAUGCAGGAGCACGGGCAGAAAGUCUGGGAUUUACUCAGUAAAGGGGCUUCUGUAUACGUUGCUGGUUCCUCAACCAAAAUGCCUUCAGAUGUUAUGUCAACUUUGGAAGAGAUCAUUAGCAAACAAAGUGGGGUUCCAAAGGAAGCUGCUGUGAGAUGGCUCAGGGCAUUGGAGAAGGCUGGUAGAUACCAUGUUGAAGCAUGGUCCUGAAACAUCAUUACUUCCUUUUUUUUAAAAAAAAAAUAAUAAUACUUCAUUAUUAACCUGAAAAAAAAAAAAAAAAAAUUGCUUGGAUACUGUUGAAUUCAUGUUUUAGCAUUUACCAUAGAACAUUUUGUAA